AUGAACCUGACAGAGUUUAAUCAGUCUGAUCGCUGUGAGCAUUUCUCCUGUCCAGAGAGAUCUGUAUCUCCUGCAGUUUAUAUCUUACUGUACGUGUGUUCAGCUGCUGUGGUUCUGCUAACAGUGUGUGGAAAUCUGCUGGUCAUCAUCUCUGUUCUUCACUUCAAGCAGCUUCACACACCAACCAACAUGCUGGUGCUCUCUCUGGCCGUGUCGGAUUUCCUUGUCGGUGGUUUUGUAAUGCCGUCGAUGUUAAUCUGGAUGAUCGAAUCAUGCUGGAUUUUUGGGAAAGGUUACUGUAUCAUUUUUUGGUUGAUUGCUGCUUUCCUCAUAAUCGUAUCAAUCUAUAAUAUCGCUUUGAUUGCUGUGGAUCGCUAUUUGGCUCUCUCAAACCCCCUUUUCUACAUAAACAGAGUCUCUGUGAGGAUCACUCAUAUUAUAAUUGUUUUUGACUGGUGUCUGGUGGUGGCCUAUAUCUUACUACUCAUGUAUUUCAAUGAAAACUUUAUUAAUUUUCAAAUGUGUCCUGGAGAGUGUUUCCUCUAUGUGAAUGAGGUUUGGUUUGUUAUUGACAAUAUAUAUUCAUUUAUAUUUCCACUUUCUGUCAUAAUCAUAUUGUAUACUCGAGUUUUUGUGAUUGCUAAGAAACAUGCCACUGCUAUCAGAGAGCUUAAUAAUCACACACGGCCUAAAACACAGAAAAUCACCUCACACUCCAUGAAAUCUGAGAGAAAAGCAGCUAAAGUCCUCGGCAUUUUAGUGUCUGUGUUUCUGAUGUGUUUACUUCCAUAUUUUAUUUACAGCUUAAUGGGUUAUGUUAUUGAAAUACAGACAGAAACAUUUCAGAAAGUCACAAUCUUGGUUUGUCUUAAUUCCACCAUUAAUCCAGUUAUUUAUGCUCUGUUUUACCCGUGGUUUAGGAGGUGCAUUAAAUUAAUCAUAAAUCUGCAAAUAUUUCAGACUGACUCUGCAUUAAUCAAUGUUCUUUCAUGAAGCCUGUUUUUCCCCAGACCUUCUGAUGAUGUCCCCAAAUAUUACUAUUUUACUAGAUGGCAUUCAACAUUUACUCAAUUAAUGUCCUAGGGGAAAAACUUCCAAACAAAUCUUACAACCAGAGAGCAUGAAAAUGUCCUAAUUCUCAUUAUAAAACUUCAGGUACUCCUGAUGCAUUGUUCAGGUUAGUUAAUAACAGAAGCACAAUCCAUGUACUCUGUUUUAAAUCUGUGCUUCCUUGGUGUAGCUACUAUACAUGUAUUAUUAAGAAUAAAUUUAUAAGUGAUUUUACUGUCUCAUAGUUUAAUUUACACACAUUUCUAUGCAA